AUGUUUCCCUCGCAACUGCACCAACCAAUCGCUCAUUGGAAGUAUACAUUCAUAACGAAAUGUAAUUGCAGCCUCAGCAACCGAUGAUGCGCGAAUUAAACAGAAGACGGACGCGCGCAAACGCCAUCUACGUCAUUUGUUGCUGAGACGUCAAGUGAAGCGGAGCGGAGAUAGAAACUCGAUAACAAAGACGGUGCUCUGAGAUUGAUCUAUGAUGGAAAUAAGGAAGGCCAGCAUCGCGCAUUGGUUCUUCGACAAUUCCCCAUCGAAAUGCGGUUACUGCAAGAGUUCCAAUUGCAGCCAUUCAAACGGGAUGUGGGCUGAGCAACUCACCGUCGAUGAUUACCAGACCUUGAUCGAUAGGGGCUGGAGGAGGUCAGGGAAAUAUUGCUACAAGCCGAUCAUGGAUCUCACUUGCUGUCCGCUCUACACUAUCAGAUGCAAUGCGGUGAAUUUCAAGCCGACAAAGUCUCAGAAGAAGGUCGUGAAGAAGUUCAACAAGUAUUUGAAGGAUGGUGAGCUGCCGUCGAGCGGACCCGAAGACGAGAACGCCAGAGAUACGGACGUUAUCGGGGAGCAUGUGCCUUCCAUGCAUCUGGAUGCCAACAGUAAGUUGGUAAUGUGCGAAUCAAAGCAGGAGGCGGAGCGUAAACCUGUGGAGGAGGAGCAACGAACCAGCAAAGAGGUUAAACCUCCCAUUACGAUGGAAUCGACGAGGGUGGUUAAGAAGGUGGUGAAGAAGGGGAUGGGCGCGGAUCCGAACAAGCCUCCGUGCAAAAAGGCGAAGCUGCUGAGGCUGGAGCGAAGGAAGAACAAGGACGGUACGACGACUGUGAUCAGGGGGCAGAAGAAGGGCGAGAAGAGUCUGGAGGAUCUGUUUGCGGCCGAGCCUCAGGGGAAGCUCAAAGUGGUGCUGGUGUGCUCCGGAGACGCGGACGAGGAGUGGGAGAGGACGAAGAGCGCCGAAUACGAGGUCUACAAGAAGUACCAGAAGAUCGUGCACGACGACGACGUCAACAUGAAAGGUUUCAUCCGAUUUCUGGUAUCUUCUCCGUUGAAGACUCGACAAGCUGAGGAGGAGGAAGAUUCGAACAUCAAGUACGGUUCUUUCCAUCAGCAGUAUUGGCUCGAGGAUAAGCUGGUCGCCGUCGGUGUGAUCGACAUCCUGCCGAAAUGCGUGAGCUCCGUCUACUUCUUCUACGAUCCGGCCUACAGAAACCUGACGCUCGGCACUUACGGUUCACUGAGAGAAUUGCACUACACGCGCGACUUGUACAAGCUGCGGCCGUCCAUCGAGCACUACUACAUGGGCUACUACAACCACUCGUGCCCGAAGAUGCGGUACAAGGGGAAGCUGAGCUGCUCCGAUCUUCUGUGCCCGGAGACGUACACCUGGCACCGCAUCGAACAGUGCCUGCCCUCGCUCGACGCGCAAAAGUAUUGCCGAUUCGCGGGAAGCGACGUCGUCGACGAGAACGCUUGCACCGAGGAGGACAUCAAGCAGUUCAAGAUCUUCUACAACUACCGCAUCUACUAUUUCGGUAACAUCAGCUACAACAAGCGGAUGACCGAGUGCUUCACGCAGAUCGGCUCGUUGUGCGGAAAGAAGUGCAUCGACUCCUUGCUGAUCGUCGAUCCGCAACGGUAAACGAUUCACCUAAUAUUUAUUACGCGAUUCUCGUCGUCGUUGUUGUUGUUGUUUCCAGUCAUAUUAAUGUCUUAUUUAUUUAACUUAGAGAUGAUGAUGAUCAAGAUGAUGAUGAUGACUCGUGAAAAGGAAUCUAUAGGGUAAACGUUAUUGUUAUUUACGUGUAACGAUAGGUGUGAUCAGUUUUAUUUAAUAUGUCUAUUUAAAAGGUGUUAAAAAUUUGAGCGAAUCUCGUUAGUAUAUAUUGUAUUUAUCUCAGU